CCCGCCGCCGGGUUCCGCGACCGCUCGCUCCACCGCCGCGGCUCAGCCCGGACGUCGGCAGCCCCAGGAGCCGGGCGGCGGCGCCCUGUGCCCGGGGCGCGUCGGGGGACUGGCCGCAGGCCAGCCGGGGGCGUGAGGGCGCAGGGGCGCCGGGGCUCCGGGCACUGCGGGGCUGCGGGCUCGGCGCCCGGGGGAGGCGGGCGCGUGGCCGCCGGUGCGGGCGCCCAGCCGGCCGCGAUCUCCCGAUCCCUGAGCCAGGAGACUCUCGUCAGUUGAGUCAGAGAUGGCAAAAUUCAUUGACACUUGGGUAGAAGCUGCAACUGCUGGGCCCGGGUGCUCAGAGAUAAGUGAUGGUACCAUUUGAGUACCAGCUGGAAACGAGGCAAGACCAGAAACUCUUGGAGCACACUGGCCGUAUCAGGAAUCAGAAUGUGGGGAUGACACCUCUGGAGGCCUGGGCCUCCCUCCCGCCUGGGUGCUAGGAGCCGUCCCCAGGCUCCAGCCAGGAGCCCUGCCACCAAGGGGCAUGGCCAAACCUUUCUUCCGACUCCAGAAGUUUCUCCGCCGCACCCAGUUCCUGCUCUUCUUCCUUACGGCUGCCUACUUGAUGACAGGCAGCCUGCUGCUGCUGCAGCGGGCCCGAGUGGCCCUCCCACAGGGCCCGCGGGCACCUGGCCCCCUGCCCGCCUUACCUGUGGCUGCCAUGGCGCUGGGCGUGGGCCUACUGGACAGCAGAGCCCUGCAUGACUCCCGCGUCAGUCCGGAGCUGCUGCUAGGUGUGGACGUGCUGCGGAACCCCCUGGCCCGGCCCCGACCUGGACCUCGCUGGCUUAGGAGCCGCAACUCAGAGCUGCGCCAGCUGCGGCGCCGCUGGUUCCACCACUUUAUCGGUGAUUCCCAGGGGCCACCCGCCCUGGGCCCUGAGGCCCCUCGGCCAGCUGCCAGCAGCCGAGGCACCUAUGUUGGAUGUUUCAGUGAUGAUGGCCAGGAGAGGACUCUGAAGGGGAUUGUGUUUUAUGACCUGAGGAAAAUGACCAUCUCUCACUGCCAGGAUGCCUGUGCUGAGCGGUCCUACGUCUAUGCCGGUUUGGAGGCUGGUGCUGAGUGCUACUGUGGGAACCGACUUCCCGUGCUGAGUGUCGGGCCUCAGGAAUGCAACCACGAAUGCAAAGGGGAGAAGGGCUUUGUGUGCGGUGGAGCUGGUCGCCUCUCUGUGUACCGCGUGGAGGAGCUGCAGCCAGGCUCCAGGAAGAGGAGGAGCUUCACAUAUCGUGGCUGCUUCCGAGUACCAGAGAACACCACGCACACCUUCCCCGACUCUCUGGUCCAGGCCAACAUCACUGUGGAGACGUGCUCCGGGUUUUGCUCCCAUAAAGAGUUCCCCUUGGCCGUGCUCCGGGGCUGGGAGUGCUACUGUGCUUACCCAACCCCCGAGUUCAGCCUGCAGGAUGCUGUGGAUGGUGUGCUGUGCAGCCAGGAGCCAGAGGCCCAGAGGCUGGCAGAAUACUGCCAGGUCUACCAGACACCAGUUCAAGACACACGCUGCACCGACAGGAGGUUCCUGCCCACCAAAUCCAAAGUGUUUGUGGCGCUGUCGAGCUUCCCAGGAGCUGGGAACACAUGGGCACGGCACCUCAUUGAGCAUGCCACCGGCUUCUACACCGGGAGCUACUACUUUGAUGGCACACUCUACAACAAAGGGUUUAAGGGUGAGAAGGACCACUGGCGGAGCCGGCGCACCAUCUGUGUGAAGACCCAUGAGAGUGGCAGGAGGGAGAUUGAGAUGUUUGACUCAGCCAUCCUGCUGAUCCGGAACCCAUACAGAUCGCUUGUGGCCGAGUUCAACAGGAAAUGUGCCGGGCACCUGGGCUAUGCAGCUGACCGUAACUGGAAGAGCAAAGAGUGGCCAGACUUCGUCAACAGCUACGCAUCCUGGUGGUCCUCUCACGUGCUGGACUGGCUCAAGUAUGGGAAGCGGCUGCUGGUGGUGCAUUACGAGGAGCUGCGGCGCAGCCUGGUGCCCACGCUGCGGGAGAUGGUGGCCUUCCUCAACGUGUCUGUGAGCGAGGAGCGGCUGCUGUGUGUGGAGAACAACAAGGAGGGAAGCUUCCGGCGGCACGGCCGGCACCCUCAUGACCCCGAGCCCUUCACCCCGGAGAUGAAGGACUUGAUCAAUGGCUACAUCCGGACAGUGGACAAGGCCCUGCGUGACCACAAUUGGGCUGGGCUGCCCAGGGAAUAUGUGCCCAGAUGAUAGGCCCCGGCCCAAUGUUCCCACCCACCCUGGGCUGUCCCAAUGCUAAGACACUGGAGCUGGCAGUUUUCUUGGACCCAGCACUGCUGCAGAUGCUGCUGUAUCCUGCAGGAUUCCCUCUAGGCACUGGACUCAGCCCUUUGCCCAGCACAGAUUCAUAGGACACACACACAACGCCUCUCUGACACGCUUUCCUGGCCCUCCACAUGCACGGUGCCUGCAUCAGCAGCCUGGACUUGCAGAGUCCCCUACUCAGACACGCAUGGGUGCCGUGUGUGUCCCAAGGCUGGUGGCUGCCUCUCACACUCAGACAUCCACUCUGGCUCUUGGAGGCCACUUCCAAAUUUUCAGGCCAGGGGUGUGAACGUGCAUGUCAGGGUGCCUGAGGGCAGCUGGGAGCAGUGGGCAGGGGGUGAGCUCUGGGACUGAUGCUACUAAGCCGUGUGGUUCUGGCCAUAUGUGUAACGUGUCAUAAAUGUGUGUGGUGUGACAACCAAGCACCACUGGCCCUGAAGUCCAAGCCCCUUCUCUGUAGAUGGGCUUUCAGCACCAUCAACACACACACACACACACACACACACACACACACACACACACGCGCGCGCGCGCGCGCACACACAGGCACGCACACCAACCUCAAAAUCUCACUAGUUCUGUGUAUCCCCUUCCCACCUGCCACGUCGUCAUCCCUCCCAAACUUUGUGCUUCCAGGAAGGGACCUUUCUUGCCUUGCAUCUUCUCCCAGCUGUCACUAGGAAAACUGGGCCUUUAUGCCAUGCUCCAGAUCCAGGGGAACCCUAGACGCAACUUAGAGGCCUGUGUGCCAGCCAUAGCAGUUCUGCUCUCUGGGGCCCACUCUGGGGUGGGGAGGAAGGGGAGCUGCAUGGCUCCCUCAGUUAGACCCCUGAAGGAGAAUCUGAAACCACAGCUUCUGCCUGAACCCCACUUUCCAAGCCUUCACUGACCCUCUGUGACACCCCCGCCCACUUCCUGUCCCCGUGCUUGCAGCCAUCCAAUAUCUCUGUUUCCUUGAGGCUGACUUCUCUCCCACUGGGCGACUAUUCCUGCAGGAGGGCCAUGCGCUUAUACUGCCACCAUCUUGCCCACUUGGUCUUUGGAGAAAGUGAAGCUGAAGCCUCCUGCCUCACCCCUGCCCCCAGUUCACAGCCCCUUGAGAGAUGGGAGAGGUGUCAGAGAGGAAUGUAUGGACUCAGGGUCGGCCCGUGUGCCUGGGGUCUUUAGGAAAGGAAUCACAGUGACUUAAAGCUGUACUUGAGAAGGUGGAGGGAUCAUCCCAGCAAGACUGAGCUGGACAGGAGAGACAGAACAACCUAUGCAGAGGCUCCAAGCUGGACACCUUGACGUGUUUUGCAGGACAGGUGGGGCAAGGGAGGGGGUGCUGGGAGGAGUCUGCGCAGGAAGUGGAUGACUGAGGAAAAAGGUGGAGACACAGAAAGGAUCUCUGUCCUUGUAAUUCGGUGCUCAGCUUGGGGUGAGGAUGGGGGCAAUGGCAAUUGCCAGCUAGGGCCACCCCUACACAUGUCAGGCUCAGAAGUGAAGAUAGCAGCUUAGGGCUGGAGGGCAUGAUGGAGCUGGAAGCAUGACUCAGGUGUAGAGAUACAGGGAGAUCAUUGAAUGUUCAGUUGUCCUCUACUUUUGAGGAGAAAGGUGAAUGAGCCUGAACUCGGCCAGUUCCUGAGCCCGUUUGCAGCUUCUCUGGGUCUUGUGUAACUCUGGGGGAGUCCUGUAGUCUUGUUCUGGGAUAGCAGCAAGACCUUGGCUCAAGCUACAUCAAGAAAUAAUGGGGUGGGAAUGGAUGUCAAGUUCUAGGUCAUCCCCCACUUCAGCUUCACUUGGUACCACUCAAAGCUGGAAACACCAGAUUCUUUAUACAUGCUUUGGCAGAGGCUGACUGCAUGAUCAAGUCCUGAAGCUAGAUAAGUGUUUCUCUUCAUUGGGAUCCAAAAGAACUUCCCACAGCUCUGUUGGAGGCCUGGGGAUGCCUGCAACCCAGAGAAAACCUGGAAUCUCAAAGGAAACCACAGCACCCAGGGCUUGGAAACAAGGCUGUGACCUCAAGAGUGACUCGCCAAUCUCUGGUCCUCAUGCUCCCAGCCACCCAAGAUCACCACUUGGAAGCAGAUUCAGAAACCAUGCUGACAAGGAAAAGCUAAAGAGUGGUAAACCACAGCCCAGGGAUGGUCUCUGGAAUUAGGAAAGCAGUGCUACCAGCCUAUUCCUCCUGAUAGAUGGGUGGGCACCGCCCCUAUGCCAGGGACCCAGAGGCCUCUCCCCCCAGAGCCAGUGCUACCUUCAUUUUACCGUUCCCCUUGGCCAGACAUGCAGAUAGAAUGAAGGAUGGGGCCAGAGUGCAUCCAAAGUGCAUUGCAUCUUUCUAUGUGAUCAGGCACUUAGCACUUGCUUUUAUUUGUUGGAUGAGCAAGGAGAUGCAAAAACCCUGGUGUUGCUGCUGUUCUCAGCACUCAUUAUCCCAAGUGGCUCCUAUUCCUGUAGGAGAGCUCAAAAGCUAAGAAAGAGAAAUCUGUUUGUCUUUUGAGUAAGUCCAAAUCUGUUUGUCUUUGGAGUAAGUCUAGGUUAGGUCUUCUUAACUGCACUCAGCCUUCUUGAAAGAGAACUCUCCCAACCAGACAGAUCUGCCAAUAGAGAAGAAAUAUAUGAAGUUCUCAAAAUCCUAAGUAUCUACAGAGUACAACGUUAUAGUAAGGCUACAGAGUUAUAUAAACCUGUGCUAAAACAUAAUCUUCAUGGAUUUCAUCUCCCGUUGUGGAUCAAUUUGGAAAAACCAAAAUAUAUAAUUUUUAAAAGUUAAAAACACAUUUUGAUUAUCUCAGUUUUGUGUAAAUGAGAGAAAAGAAUAGACAGACUUCCAAACCCUGGGAAGAAAGCUUAAUUAUGUGAACAUCUUAUCAUGAAGUCUCUUGCAGCUAAAAUUAGAUUUUGAGUGCAUGAAUAUGCGAUAAUGUUUGCACACCAGAAGGCAUUUUUCCCUUAAAAGUAGCAGGAGCCACUUGGCUCUUAGGGGGCAUCCAGAGAAGAAAUGGGAAAGCUGAGAUGGAUCCAUGUGGCUGUCAGAAUUCAUAGGGCAUCAGUUUAUUUUCUUUUACUAAAAAUUUGUUGGAGGUAUUUACAAUAUGGUGCCUCCUAAGAGGUCCAUUCAGGUUUAGGAAAAAAUUGAGUUGUCUGAUUCCACAUUUAUCUCAACUCAAUAUUGGAUGUCAAAUAGAGUGGAGUAGUGCAUGAUUUGCAAAUUAAAGAUCACAUCUUAGCUCUACUACACUAUGACAGGGAACAAAGCCUUUUCUCUCUCUGGCCUCAGCUAUGGCCACACCCAUAAAAGGAUGGGUGUGGUAGGUAUUGUUUGAAUCCCUAAUGUUUAUUUCCCCAUUUCCUUUCUCAUAAUCUGAUUUUUGUUUGUGGAUUUUAUGCUCUGUCGAGGCUAACUUUAUCAUCAUUUCUGGGGUAAAUACACAAUUUGAUUCAGCCAAGAGACAGUCCAUAUCUGGCCACUGUAAUUAGUUCUGCUAUGUCAUAAGGCAAUACAGCCAGAGGGGACAUAAGGACUUUUUUCUUGGAAUGUUGGAUAGAGAUUCUUUAUUCACAGAUUAAGUGUGAAAGGAGAAUUAGGCAGUCUGGACUCUUGCUGGGGAUUAUCCUGGGGCCAUGGAGGGGAGCCAGUCUCAACAUGAAGCUUGACUGUACUAAGGGAGGUUCAAGAGAAAAGAAGAUCUCAGUUCCUUGUGGCACUGUUGGAGUACAGGCGCCUUGCCUGUGAUUGGUCAGGGCCAAUCCUCUGGACGUUUUUGUUCACAUGAGUCAAUAAAUUUCCUUUGUUUAAGUUGG